UAUUAAACAUUAUGCAAAGGAUUUCGACGAUUGGGAUCGCCUGCUUCCGUUUGCCAUGUUUAAUUAUAAUACCUCAGUUCAUGAAGCUACGAACUUCACACCAUAUGAGCUCGUGUUCGGGCACCUGGCAAGAGCACCCAGCUCAUUACCCCAAGGCCCGGAAGUCGAGACGUAUGGCUCCUAUCUAAAAGACCUAAUCACUCGAAUGAACGAACUGCAAAACCUUGCAGCUAAAUAUUUGGCGCGAUCGAAGGAAAGAUCAAAACAAGUGUAUGAUAGGAAAACUAAACCUCUAAAUGCGGAAGUAGGGAGUCGGGUUUAUGUUUAUAAAGAGGUUCGAAAGAACAAGUUCGACAAGCGAGCCGAUGGACCUUUUACUGUUGUAGGAUUCACCGAGAAUAACAAUGUGAUCUUGGAAAAUGAAAAUGGCACAAGAUUCGCGAAACAUAGGGACAAAGUCAUGGUUGCUCACAUAUGAUUCCCAUUACUAAUCUUAAUAAUGUUUUAGGAAUGCAGAAGGUCAACGAAUCCAUGAUGAUGAGGGUUGCCGUUAUAACUUUGCUAUGUCUCCUCUCGAUUACAACGACACAGACCCGACAAGGAGCCCUAAGCCGACCAGAGGCGCCCCAAGGAGGCGACCAGUACCAGAUCACCCCUUUCCAAUCCAGUAGCGGGAUGUAUUUCGAGUACAUCGGAGAAGUCAGGAGAUCGGUCAGCAAUUGGAGAAUUGUCGUAUUUCUCGAUGUUGGAAAGCAGUGCCGAUUUUUCGAUGAUCUGAAGCAGCGUCUGAGGAAGCUGUCAGCGCAGUGUGGACCUGGAGAAGAAUGGUGUUUGGACUUAAUGGAAUCCUACCAAUGGGAGGACAGAUGGGAAAUGGCCUCCGAACUCCAAGAGCAGUUCCGAGUCCAAAUUGAAGAACUAGAGAAUACGAGAAGAACCUCACCUAGAAGGAUGGCCUCGCAGCUACGCGCGAGGCGGGCUGUUCCCCUACUUGGCUUCCUAGGGAAAAUCGCAGGACCAAUUAUCGGCGUGAUGACAUAUAAUGACGGAGAAAGAUACGACGCAGCCAUUCGAACCUUGAACGAAGCUCAAGCUAACUUAUCGCAUCUCGUCGGAAAACAGACUCAUAUAGUUAGAUCACAGCUUGAUUCAUUACACGCUCAGGUACAACGACACGGCUCCCUGCUGCAGCAUCUACAGGAACAACUCCAAACGCUGGCUGCCCAGAACCUCGUCAAGAUGAAGGCUGAAAUGGAGAGAAGAAACCUGACCUUCGCCAUAGCCAGGGCCCUGAGACUAGGACUCGAUCACAGUAUUCAGGCCACCUCUACCAUGUUGGAAGCAGUUCAUGAGGCCAGGAAGGGACAGUUGCAUCCUGGGCUCAUCACCUCCGCCCAGCUAGAACCAAUUCUCAGAGAAGUUCAAGACAACCUCAAGGACGUGAAAUUUCCUCUAACAGGACCAAGGAUCAGCGUCGACGAACUAAUGCAUAUCUCCACGGUCACAAUCCAUUGUGAAAACCAACAGCUUAACGUUCUCAUCGAUAUUCCCCUCUUGGAAAAAUAUAACUACCAGGCCUUCAAGCUUCACUCACUCCCCACCACCCAAGAAUUGCUCGAAAAUGGUACUGGAAGAGCAUAUGUAAACUCAAAAUAUGAUUAUUUGAUAAUAGACGAGGAUCAACGAACAUACCUCCCGCUGAAGGAGCAAGACUGGGACCAAUGUAAGUCAACGACAUCAUUCCAUGCAUGCCUUCAAGGUGCCCCCAUCUACGAUUUUCAACAACGAGUAUCCUGUGAGGCUUCACUCUUAAUUAAACCAACUACGGAAGCCCUAAGGUUUUGUGAAGUGAGAAUUACCAGCAAACAAGAAUCUUACUGGAAACCACUGAAUUCUAUUGGCGGCUGGAUCUACUCCUUCGCAGCUCCGGAAACUGCAACGAUUGUUUGCCACUCCCUUAGUCCAGUGAAAAUUGAGUUAAGAAAUGCCGGAAUCAUCAAACUGGGACCCGGAUGCUCCCUAAAAGCCAAGGACACUAUCAUCCCAGCCACGACCGCCCAGGCCGGGGAAUCUGAGUUUAUCUUGGAAUCAGAACUACACUUAAAUUUAACCACGCUAUCGCCAUUAUUGGCAAGAUACGGUCACCUGCUAAAAGGAAUAACAUUUGCUGCCAACCCCCGUUCUGGGAAGGAACCCGAACUCUCCACCUUCGAGGCCAACUCCAGGACACUAGAUGAUCUGGAACAGCAGCUGCAGGAAUUAUCUCUCCAGCAUCACCUCGGAGGAGAACACCGGACCUUGGUAUAUGGAUCAUACGGAGGACUGGUCCUACUGUCCAUGAUUCUCAUGCUGUACAUUUGCCGCGUUCCAUGCCAAUCUGGAAUAGCUAAAUUUAGCCGAAUGUGGCUCGUCAGGACAAAGAGUGAGAGUUUUGAACUACCAGUUUCAACACUAGAAAAACCAAGCCCCCCCGUUCGCCAGCAGGAGAAGGAAGAGCCAGUGUACAAAGAGAUCGCCCCGCCCCCGACAAAGCAAGGAGAGACAACUAUGAGGAUAGAAAAGGCAUCGACCUCCGGCAUAUCGACCAACCUAAGGGAGAAAAAGCUCGCAACAUUUGAAGAAUCUCAGCAACGGAAGAUCAGAUGACUGAUUGAAGGAUCGGAAUCAUGGACCUUUCAUGCCCCGAC